AUGAACCGUUCGAAGCAAGGAGGAAAUCAAGGUAAUGAUGUUGAAAAUGGAGAAACAGGUUUACAUCUAAAGUUGAAAACUCGACAUUUGAAGAUGAUUGCUAUUGGCGGAUCGAUUGGUACUAGUCUCUUCGUUGCGUCAGGCUCUGCUGUAGCUACUGGUGAUCCUGCUGCACUUGUACUUGAUUUUGCCAUUGCCGGUUUUAUGCUCUUCAAUGUAUGCAUAGCCCUAGGUGAGCUAGCAGUUACUUUUCCUGUUUCCGGUUCAUUUGCCGUCUACAGUUCUCAUUUUCUCGAUCCUACUUGGGGUUUUGCUAUGGUGAUUGCUAUUGUCGGAUUCAUCAUUCUCGGUAUUUUGCUGAUAUUUGGAAUUGAUUCCAAUCGUGUCUAUUUUGGUUUCCAAUAUUGGCACGAUCCAGGUGCAUUUGCCAACGGAUAUAAAGAAGUAUGUUCCGUUUUUGUCACUGCUGGUUUUGCUUUUGUAGGUACAGAAUUAGUAGAUUUAGCAGCAGCUGAAACGGGCAAUCCUCGAAUAUGGAUGUGA